AUGGCUCAGAGAAUCACUCUUAGAAGAAGAAACCCAUACAAUACCAAAUCUAACCAGAUUAAGGUUGUCAAGACCCCUGGUGGAAGAUUGAUCGCUCACCACAUCAAGAAGGUGGCCUCAAGACCAAAGUGUGGUGAUUGUGGUACUCCAUUGCCAGGUAUCGCUCAGUUGAGACCAAGACAAUAUGCAUCUAUUUCCAAAACUCACAAGACUGUUUCCAGAGCCUACGGUGGUUCUAGAUGUGCCAACUGUGUCAAAGAGAGAAUCAUCAGAGCUUUCUUGAUCGAGGAGCAGAAGAUUGUCAAGAAGGUGUUGAAGGAUCAGGCUUCCAAGGAUAAGAAGAACUGA